CGAAGCGAGGAGUGCUGCCGCUAUUACAGCGGUCAAUAAAUAUAACAUUUUAAACAGACGAAUCCUGGCGUUUUAAGCAGAUGAAUGUUAGCUCAUCACUUCAAUGAGCCACGAAACCAGGCGACAUCACUACUCCGUAAAGUUACACACUUCAGACCGAGGUAAUGCGGAAGUCGAAAGAUUAUAACCUUAAAAUAUUUUUUUUGUUUCAAUUGAGCAUUUCGCGACAACAUGAAAGUGGCAGUGAUUUGAUAUCAAAGCAAAAUGUUUAUUGGUAUAAACAGCCUGAGAAGUAACAGUAAACCUUGCUGGCGGCGUUAAACGUUUAUUUUGAAACGCAAUUUGGGAAACGACGUUGUUUCCAGGCUACAUUAGCGAACUUUGUUUUGUUACUUUGCCCAAUAGGCAAAGUGGAUUGCUUGAUUGAUUUAGAAUCCAUACAAUCCCAAAACCUGACGUCAUCACUACCAUUUUUUAGCCAAUCAGAUUUAUAAAGGCGGGCCUAUGUUCAUGACAGCGUUCCGCCUAUUUUCAACGUGUCAACACUACCGUAAACAAUCGGCUACUGUCGCACCGACGUUGAGACGUUUACUGUGCUGUACCAACAUCUGAACAGCAACAACGGGGCUGGACCAGGAAGUUUAAAGUAAAACCAACAUCUAAGAUAAUGCAAACGUCCUUAUUCAUACAUACGUAUGAAUGAACGGUGCUGCGGUAGACAGAUGGACUUCAACAGAACUGUUUUGGUGACUGGAGGAUCAGGUUUCAUUGGUUCCCACCUUGUGUGUUCAUUGGUCCAAAGGCACCCUGAUUGGAGAAUUAUUAACUUUGAUAAUUUGGAUUACUGCUGCAGCCCCAGGAGUCUGGAGAGCAUUGAAAACAGAGCCAACUACACUUUCAUCAAGGGAGAUGUGUGCAACUCCCAGCAGGUGAACCCCAUCUUCAACACAGAAAAUAUUGACGUAAUCUUUCACUUGGCCGCCAAAACACACGUUGACUCGUCCUUCCAAUGCCCGUCUGACUUCCAGCAUGUGAACUUCGACGGAACCAGAGUUGUGCUGGCUGCAGCCCAUCAUGCCCACCACCGGCCUCAGUGCUUCAUCUACGCCAGCACGGAUGAAGUAUACGGACCCAGUCUGGAUGAGGUGUUUGAUGAAGACAGUCCAGUGAGGCCUUCCAACCCGUAUUCUGCCACAAAGGCGGCUGCAGAGUUCCUGGUCAGAUCCUACUGGGACAAAUAUAAGUUUCCUGUCAUCAUCACCAGGAGCAACAACAUCUAUGGGCCACAUCAAUACAUUGAGAAGGUCAUUCCCCGGUUCCUCACCCUUUUGCACAUGAACAAGAAAUGCACCAUUCAAGGAACCCUACCUAAAUCCCGCCACUUCUUGUUUGUUGGCGAUGCAGUUAAUGCCUUCCUGCUGCUUCUGGAGAAAGGAACGGUGGGAGAAAUUUACAAUGUGGGGGCAAACUGUGAGAUUGCCAUUGUGCAACUGGCCAAGGAACUUGUAAAGAUGGUGAAGAAUGUGCCAGAUGCUGAGCUGAACGACUGGCUUGAGUUUGUGCCAGACAGGCCCAAGGUGGACCUGCGCUACCCGAUCAGAUGUGAGAAGCUGCAGCAGCUAGGUUGGAGAGCCAAAGUGUCCUGGUCUGAUGGUAUCAGGCAAACUGUGAAAUGGUACCAGGACCACCAGGACUUCUGGUCAGACUCAACGGAGGGUCGCAACAGCGUUUUUAAAAAAGCAUGAUACAGACAAGCUUGACUUGCAAGAGGACAUUUUCAACUUAGAACGGAAUGUUUCUUCUGCAUCUCUUCCUGGCUGAUCUCAGGUUAACAGUGGACCAAACAGCAAGGGGGCGGAGCCUCACUUGCCCAAACCAGUGUGACAAACAUAAAUGCACUUUAACUGCU